CGCUGCGCCCUGUCAGGCGCCGCCAUUGUUCCACCGGUAAGACCCAGGUGUGGGUCCCCGGCGCCAUGAGCAAACGCAAGGCGCCGCAGGAGACCCUCAACGGCGGCAUCACGGACAUGCUCAUGGAACUCGCAAACUUUGAGAAGAACGUGAGCCAGGCGAUCCACAAGUACAAUGCGUACAGAAAAGCGGCAUCUGUGAUAGCAAAAUACCCACACAAAAUCAAGAGUGGAGCAGAAGCUAAGAAAUUGCCAGGAGUAGGAACAAAAAUUGCUGAAAAGAUUGAUGAAUUUUUAGCAACUGGAAAAUUGCGUAAACUGGAAAAGAUUCGUCAGGAUGAUACAAGUUCAUCCAUCAAUUUCCUGACCCGAGUCACCGGGAUCGGGCCAUCUGCUGCAAGGAAGUUUGUAGAUGAAGGAAUUAAGACAUUAGAAGAUCUCAGGAAAAAUGAAGAUAAGUUGAACCAUCAUCAACGAAUUGGGCUGAGAUAUUUCGAGGACUUUGAAAAGAGAAUUCCUCGUGAGGAGAUGCUACAGAUGCAGGAUAUUGUACUUAAUGAAGUUAAAAAAGUGGAUUCUGAAUACAUUGCUACAGUCUGUGGCAGCUUCCGAAGAGGUGCAGAGUCCAGUGGAGACAUGGAUGUUCUGCUGACCCACCCAAGCUUCACGUCAGAAUCAAGCAAACAGCCAAAGUUGUUACAUCGUGUUGUGGAACAGUUACAAAAAGUCCAUUUCAUUACAGAUACUCUGUCAAAGGGUGAAACAAAGUUCAUGGGUGUUUGCCAGCUUCCCAGUGAGAACGAGGAAAAGGAAUAUCCACACAGGAGAAUCGAUAUCAGGUUGAUCCCCAAAGAUCAGUACUACUGUGGUGUUCUCUACUUCACUGGGAGUGACAUCUUUAAUAAGAAUAUGAGAGCGCAUGCCCUGGAAAAGGGUUUCACAAUCAAUGAGUACACUAUCCGCCCCCUGGGGGUCACUGGAGUUGCUGGGGAGCCCCUUCCUGUGGACAGUGAGCAGGACAUUUUUGAUUACAUCCAGUGGCGCUACCGGGAGCCCAAGGAUAGAAGUGAAUAAUGCCCUCUCUCCACCCCAGGCAUAUCCCACUAGGAGUCCUAAUUUAUUUCUUAACCUUUGCUAUGUAAGGGUUUUUGGUGUUUUUAAGUAAUUGCGUCUUCUCUGUGCUUACCAUGUACUAUAGUCAAUAAACGUCUCGAGCUGUUAUUGAA